AUGAUCAUAGUUCAUUUGAACUCAUCAGAUUACGUUCACGCUUUCUAUGGUCUCAAUCAUCGAUUUAAUUUAAUAGUCACUCAAUCAGUUCAUCAUUUUAUUAUUUCCAAAGAUCAUUCAACCACGGGAUUUGAUGAAAACAAAUCACAUAUUAAUAAUGCUAUUGGAAAGAUCUGUUUCGAUGUAGAACUAUUACCGCAAGUCUUUUUACCUACAUACUAUUAUUUCAAUCUUCAUUCAAUUGUACUUCGUUGUUCGGAAUUAGUCACCGUUCAUCUCAAUGUUAAUUGUGAUUCUAUUAAAAAUGCUAUUCGCUCAUGUUUGAAUGUAUUUCGUAUCUGUAAUAUUUUUUUCGCUGACUGGAAUAAUGAUAAUUGGUUUUAUAAUAGUCAUUAUUGCAAAGGACUUGAGACCGAUGCUCCGACAGCAACAAUACUGAAUGGAUUGACCUGCUCAGCGAUAGUACGUUUAUCUAUUAAUAGCUGUUCUGAACAAAUUUUAUUUUCUCUAUGCACUUGUGCUCCUAAUUUGAUCUACCUGAAAAUCAAACAACUCAUCUCGACUGAUGAUAACUUGAAAAUCAAUACUGUUUCGACUCUGAUUCCUCAAUCAUCUCUUCUGAAACAGUUAUAUAUUACUGCAAACGCUCAUCGUUUAGAUAAUAUUCAUUUAGUCGGAAGAUUAAUCGAUUAUUAUCGAUCUUCUCUGGAACAUUUGACAUUAGAGAUUUCGUUAGAUAAUCAAAUUGAUGGAUAUCAUUUACAGACAAUACUUGAAUCAUGUCGAUAUCUUCAGAAAUUUUCAUUUAUUUUCAAUUACUGGCACGAAGAAACGGAAAAGAUUGAUGUAUUGCAUCAAUUUCAGAGUGACUGGUGGUUAGAUUCUCAUCGACCACCGGUGCUUAUUUUCUAUGGUAAUCAUUGUGAAACUAUGGUCGUCUCUAUGCCUUGUUAUCUAGAUGAUUAUACAUGGUUUCCAAUCGAUCCAAAAGAUUGGCUAGUGAAUAAAGGUCAACUCGAUUCACCUGAUAUUCAUUUUAGAAAACAAAAGUGCAUUAGAUUUACUAAUAGCAAUCGUCAGCUUAUCACUCUUGACUUAGUUCGCAUUAUUGGUCAUGUAUUUCAAGCACCAAAACAAGAGCUUUCCAUCCCACAUUGGGGAUUUGUCUCGCCCGAUCUUCUUAUUGAACACUUACUCAAUACAAGAUCUGAAGAUCCAAUGUUACCAAUGAUCCAUUCUCUUGAUUUAAAUUCAUGUAAUCUCGAUUUAUUAGAUGCGAAGACACUCAUCAUAUGGCUUUUGUUAACACCUAAUGUUAAAAUAUUGAAUAUAUGUCAAGGAACUCCUGCUACUAAGAUACAAUUGGCUAAUCGAUUAAAAUUAUUACUUGAAGAAGAUAAACGUCUUAAGUUUAUUACAGAUUCCAUUGAAGAAGUUCAAGUUUUUUACAUGUUUGAUUCUCUUAGUUUUACUACGAAACAACAUAUUUGUCAAAUGUAUUCGAAUAUAUUUCGAAAACCUGUUAUUCGUCGUUGA